AUGGCACCAUCGUUCACCUUUGUCAACGUCAGCAACGCCCCCGGUCUGGGCCCUAAAGAGGCCAAGCAGAUGAGAGGCCAUAUUACCAAGACGAAUUUUGCCAAGAGGAGACAAAUACUAGGCCAGCAGAAGAAGAAAGCAAAUACUGCUCAACAUUCAAGUCCAUCUUCUGUCUUGGUUAAAUCGGACGAGCGGCAGUUGCGGCAUGAGCUCAAGCCAGUCGGUCAUAGUUCACUCAUCCGCACAAUAGAGCCUACAUACUCCCCCGUCGAAUAUUUGCUUUGUGAGUACCGCGCGCUUAUUUUCCCCGCCGGCCUCGGUUCUCCCGGAUCAAACAGAGAAGCAGACUGGAUUGCCCUACUGCACUCCGAGCCAGCCCUGGUCGAAGCAUCCAUGGCCAUAGCCAUAAGACAUUCACCCAGGCUCCAGAGAACCCAAGGUAUCUAUGAAGCGUCCGUGCGUAAAGGAAGGGCCAUCAAGAUGAUCAACGAACGGCUCGACACGCCCUUGGGAUUAACCGACGGUGUCCUCAGCGCUCUUCUUGAGAGCGAUUCCAAAGCAAGAGAUGUCCAUAUCCAGGGUCUGGCCCAGAUGAUCAAAGUCAGGCGUUCAUUGGGGAAUACAGCCAUCCCAUCGUGGUUCGGGGAUUUCAUCCUAUAUGAUUCAAUCGGUCAUACAAUCCUGUCUGCCAGCUACUCCAAUCUACCUCUAAUCGACGCUUUGCGAAACGAAGACGACCCUAAGCAAAUGGACGUCGCAGCAAUUCGAUCCGAUGUCAACGAUUUGCGUCAACUAAUAGAUAAAUAUCACUCUUCCACGACCCCAAAGAAGGAUACAGCAGCCAUCAUUAGGUAUGAAGUUCAUCGCUUACAACUGAAAGUGGAUACGCUGUUGGGAAGCCAAGAACAUUACAUUCGCUCUCUACACGAUUCUCUGCAGCUUUUUCUGUCACUAUUAUGGCCUGUAGAAGGUCGAGGAUCGUUGGAUAUCAAGGCUGAGAACUUGAAGUAUGCGCUGCUACAGCCCCAUAUCAGGCUCUGCUCCUCGAUGCAACUCCUGGUUUGGCAGCUAUUUGUCGGUGCAGCUGCUGCGGAACCCGCAAGUGAGGUUCGUUCUUGGUAUGUCAUCAGAUUACGAGAGGUUGUAAGCGCCAUGAGAAUUGGGGGACAGAAUGUUGCGAUGGAGACUCUUGCAGCCGUCUUCGCACCUGAUGCUCGGCUAUUGGAGAAGUUCAAGACGGUUUGGGAUGAGGUCUCAUUUGGGCAACAAUAA